CUUUGUCAGCUACUAUUUUCGCAGCAACAGAGAAAUUGGCUGUCGCUUCACGGUAGUGGGUCCCUUGUGCGCUGCUGCUGCCGCGUUGUGCAAGCGCGAGAUAUGCCCUGUCUCUUCUGUAUCUUGUCUCCGUCUUUUUUUUCAAAACGCCGUUUCAUGACGUCACCGCGACAGUGGUCUGGUGACCAGCUACAACAUUGCUGUAGAAAUGAGUGCGGUAUUUUAGUUGCGCAUGCCCUCAACCUCGUGCGUGGGGGCUGAGUCUCUUUCGUAGGCAGCUUGUGAGGUGGGGAGGGGAGGCAUACCCACCUUGCAAGGCUUAAGAAGGCUAGAAGCUGGUGGAAUGGAGUCAUUACACGCGUGAGAGUAGUGUUUGACGUUUUACUGCGAAGUAGUUACAGUUACAAUACCGUUUCAGCGCUAUCGGGUGAGCGAGUCAUCCAGACCUUCGUGCUUUGUAGUCAGGCCACACGGUUAGCUAGGCUUGAAAACCGAAGAUGGUUGGUUCAAGGCAACACGGCACCUCUCACAUAGAGCAAGCCUGUUCGGAUGCGCGAAGAGUGAAAAAUCGGCCGUUAUUUUGUCUGCCACUCUACUACUGUAGCAACUCAUGUUCUCGGUGAGGUCUUUUUUUCAUUUGUAGAUUGAUGGUUUCGGGUUGUCUUAUUUUUUCAAACUGCAGUAUGAUA